GGGUUUCUAUAGCUGUUCUAUAGUAUAAAUACCGAAAAGAAUAUUCCAAUAAUCAUCAGUAUACUUAUUUUUUUUAUUUUUUUAUUAAACCAAAUUUAUUUUCUAACAUAGAGUUUUGUAAAAGUGUAUUAUCUACAUUCUACAACACAUUUAAAAUGGCUAUAAAGAUGAUAAUGUUUGCUGCUUUGUUCGGGCAUUUGGCCAUUGCAUUUGCAUACUCACCCACCGAGUACAACAGUUAUGACGCCGAUCAUUACGAGCAUGCAUCUAAGCCAUAUAAUUUCAAGUAUAGUGUGAAAGAUCUUCACACGCAUGACAUCAAAAGCCAACACGAAGAGAGUGACGGUCACGGUAACGUCAAAGGAUCGUACCGUCUUGUGGAACCCGACGGAUCCACCCGCGUGGUUGAGUACACCGCUGACCACGAACACGGUUUCAAUGCGGUUGUCAAAAAGAUCGAUGCACCCAAUCACCACGGCGAAUACUCUGGCACCGUGGACUACCAUAAUCAUCACGAGUCACUUCAUCCGUACAAACAUUCGUCGUAUAAUUUUUUUUAAAAUUUAAAAAAAAACACGCUUAUUUUACUGAAAAAUGUGUUACCAAACACAAACCGUCACGCGGUUGAUGCUUUACGGAUUAUUUGGUAUGCUCAACAUGUACAUUUUUUUCAUUAAAUAAAACAUACUUCAUUGUUACUAUAAAA